AUCAUUAGCUCUUAGGGAAAUUAUAGUUGAUAAUCUUAAUACGUAUUUCGUGCACUGUGUGGCGCUGAGUGACUUUGUAUGUCUUUAUUCUAUCGCCAUCUUCAAAUGAAAUAGAUGUUAUUUUCAUAUGUGUUGGAGUACAAACUACAACUCUUCAGAGAUUUAAAACAUGUGUCAAUUUUUUUGCGUUAAACUCCAACUGAUAAUUUUCCCAUAUUUAUUAAUUCACGUAGUAAGAUUUGUCUUUGUAAAUGGAGAGAUUAAAAUACAACCAUUUGCUUUACCUCAGAAAGUAUCUGAAGGAGAAACUAUAAAGAUAUUAUGCAGUGUUACUAAAGGUGAAAAACCACUGCAAUUUCAGUGGCUAAAAAAUAGAAUAGUCUUAAUCAAUGACAAAAAAAUAGAAAUAAACACAGGAAGAGACAAUUCGAUUCUAUCAAUUGCAGAUGUAAAUUCUAAAGAUAGUGGAAACUAUACAUGUGUUGUUAAUAACAGACUGGAUAAAUCAAAUUAUACCGCAGCAUUGAUUGUUGAAGGUAGGUUUUUGUCUCAGCUAAAAAUAUAUUUAGAAAAUUCUUAAGUGAAUAUCAAUUACAUAUGAAACCUCUAGCUCCUCCAAAGUGGAUUUUAGAACCAACUGAUAUAGAUGCACAUUUUGGAGACAGAAUUGAACUUAAUUGUAAAGUA